AUGGGGCAAUAAUGUUGUAAUCCAAAAAAUGGUUAUAUGCCUGAUCAAAUUCCAAUAAACAUUUAUACACCAGAGUCAAUGGACAAAGGGGUUUAAAAUUCGAAAUAUAUAUUGGAAGAAGUCUGCUAAGAUAUUGACAAUGAUGAGUACAACAAUAAUGAAGUUGAAGAUGAACAUUUACCAACAGACGCUAUGAAAUUACAAGAAAUCCCCAAAUUAGAUAAUCAAAGAGCAGAAUCCAUCAGACAAUAGCUUGGCCCUAUCAAACUUACUUAUGAUCCCUAGUAUCCUGUUUAUCAACCUAUACAAAUCGUAAAUUACAAACCUAAUGGAGACAUUCAUUCAAUAAUCAUCUUUGAAGGUCAAUGGUAUAAAUAAAAACGAAACGGGGCAGGAACUCAAUACUAUCCCGAUGGUUCAAUCUACGAAGGUCACUGGUGUCAUAAUAAGCAUGAUGGAUUUGGCAGAAUCAUUUAUGCUGAUGGAGAAUACUAUGUAGGAGAAUGGCGAUUGGGGUAGACUCAUGGAGAAGGUACUUUAGUUACAAAGGAGUUAACUUAUACAGGAAUAUGGGAAGAUGAUUUAUAAGUAAGUAUGUUUUAUAUUCAGAAUGGUCAAGGUUAUGAAAAGAAAUCGAAUGGAACUACCUAUGAAGGAUCGUUUAAAAAUGGACGCAAACAUGGGUCUGGCUUAGUAAAAUAUUCAGAUAAUUCUUAAUAUAAAGGAAACUUUGUUGAAGAUCGCUAUGAUGGUAUUGGAGAAUAUAAGUGGAGUGAUGGCAGGACCUAUGGAGGAGAAUGGAAAAAUAAUCUAAUGAACGGGAAAGGAGAAAUGAGAUACCCUAAUGGAGAUAAGUACAUAGGUAUAGUAUCGAAUUAAUAUAGGACAUUUUAAGAAUGAUAAAAAACAUGGAUUAGGAAAGUUUAUUUAAGCAACAGGUAGAUCCAUUGAAGGAGAAUGGUGGGAAGGUAAAUUAAACGGAGAAGCAAAGAUAACAGAGCCUACUGGAGAAUCCUUUUAGGCAAAUUUCAAAAAUGAUCAAAUAGUUUGA